AUGGAUACUAGACCGGCUUCAAAGGCAGGCUCGUGGUAUGAGAAGACUCCGGCCAAGUUGAUGAAAACUCUCGACAACUAUCUGGCGGACGUUCCUGAAACCGUCGACGGUUCUUCACUGCCUAUACCGGGGGCUCGAGUCAUCAUCGCACCACACGCAGGAUAUGCCUACUCCGGGCCUAACGCUGCCUGGGCGUACAGCUGCCUCGAUCUGAGCAAGGCAAAGCGGGUAUUUAUUCUUGGACCGUCUCACACUUACGGCUUGUCUGGCUGCGCUGUCACAACGUUUUCAAAGUGGGCCACACCAUUCGGCGACUUCACUGUUGAUAGGGAUGUCCUCGAGCGAGUUAAGGAAGCAGGCGGAAUGGGUGAUGUGCCACCGGAGAACGAUGUCGCGGAACAUUCUCUCGAGAUGCACUUGCCAUAUCUCUACAAGCGCUGCCAACAGACCUUUGAGUCUCCCGAAGACUUUCCAACGAUUGUCCCCAUAAUCGUCGGAAGUCUGAGUCGAUCACGUGAGAAGGAUGUCGGCCGAGUGCUUUUGUCCUAUCUCAAGGACGAGGAAAAUGCCUUCAUUAUCAGCUCAGACUUCUGUCACUGGGGCACGCGGUUCGGCUAUGCCGUUUACUCCCCCAAUGGGGACAUCCAAAGAUUGACGACUCUGCACGAUUAUAGCCCAAAGCCAUCUGGUCCUCCCAUCUACGAGACGAUUCGCCUGCUCGAUGAAGCGGCUAUGGAUGCUGUCAAGAGCGGCAGUCAUGAUGCCUUUGUCGAAAACCUUCGACAUACUGGAAACACGGUGUGCGGGAGACAUCCUAUUGGAGUUGCCAUGGCUGCCCUUGAGCUUUACGCCAAGGAGCUCAACGAGGAAGACAAGAGCCGCUUCAAGAUUGUGAAAUAUGACCGCAGCAGUGAAGUCGUUUGGCCUGAUGACUCAAGCGUUAGUUAUGUUUCCGCAUAUGCGGUUCUGUGAGUGCAAGAGAUGGAAUUAGUAACUGAGUAAUCGGGUGAAUAAUAUGGUCUGAAUUAUAGCACUAUGCUGUUACCUAGGUUUCUGCUAGGGCGUCUCUUAUAGAUUUCGUUCUG